GAUGUGCUUAGUGCAGCACAGAGCCUCAUCUCUGUGCUAACACAGACUCUUAAUCAGAGUCCUGUAACACCACUUCCACAAGUUCAAGUGCAGGGUCAGGGGCAGCAGACAGCGGUACAAGGAAGACAGACAAAUACCACCAUUGAUCAGGACAUGGCCAGGGCCUUUCCUAGCAUGUUCCGGAGACAUGCAAUCAGGGGGAAAAAAAGAAUAAAUGUAGCAUCCAGAACACAUACCAAGACUGCAAAAGCAUUUAAACCUUAUGAUUUAAAUGUAUAUCUUUUAGAUACAAAUUCUGAGACUACCCCUUCACCUGCACACGAACUCAAGCUUGUUCAAGCAGGGCUUGGCAAAAGGACUAUCUCAAUUGCAAUGGACAUGAUGCAUUCAGAGCACGUUGUAUGAAGCAUUCCCGAAAAUGGAGUGUUUGAGUGGAGGAUGGAUGCUUUAUAAGGCUAAUGGGGGGUGCGGUACAAGACGGAUAAACGUUAUUCCUCCAGACUCAGAAGGAUACACUGGAUCCCAAUUUAAAUCUGCCUCUGCAUCUGGAAAGACAAUGCUUUAUGUAGUUCCUCUACAAGAGGAACUGGACCUUAAUCCUCUCCCUAAUGAUGUCAGAGAAUUUACUAAAAUGCCAAAGGCAACUUGCCAAAUAUGCAACAAAAGCAUGCCCCUGCAAGUGCUGGCUCUCCACAUUCAGGUUUGCAAGUCAAAUGAUUCAACAUCUUCAAAUGAAGAGACAGAAGUUCAGUUCGUCUCAGAAAACAGUUUGGAUGAGAUGAAACAAGAAAAUUUUCCAUCUGAGUCUGUUUUACCAUGCCCAAUAUGUCAGCUGAUGUUUCCUGUGGACAGUCUAGAACUACAUGCCAGCCUGUGUGGAGAAGAAAAUCUAUUGAAGAGUCCAGAUCACAGCUCUUUUAUGCACAAUGAUGAUUCUUGUAUUGCUGACGAUACAACAGGCAAUUCAAGCUGUCGACAAGUAUUGUGCCUUGAAGAUCUUCUGGAGCUGCUUGCUGGCCGAGUAAAUGCAGAGAAUCACUUCCGCAUUUGUGUUUCACGGGACAAUCUCCUAGAGAGGGGGCUCAAGCAGUGGCAAAGACAGAAAAAAGGAAAUCCAGCCAACCAGCUAAAGAUAACCUUUAUUGGUGAAGCUGGAGUUGACUCUGGUGCUUUACGAAAGGAGUUUCUUACAGAAAUGAUCAGUGGCAUUGAAAAACGCCUCUUCUUGGGUCAGAAAGCAAAGAGUCCACAGUACUCCAACAGUGACCUUGACAAUGGUCUCUUCAGGACUGCUGGAGAGAUCUUCGCUGUCAGCCUAGCUCAAGGUGGCCCAGCCCCAUGUUUUAUGAGAGAGUGGUGCUACUCUUACCUCACCACUGGGGAAGUUGAUGUCACCAGAAUUUGCAAGGAUGAUGUAGAUGAUGUUGAAUACUCCCUAUUGAUCGCAAAGGUUGAAGAGGCAACUGAUCUGACUGAAUUCACAGAUGAAAUUAUCAGCUGUGGAUACACAGGAGCACUCAACAUAGAACAAAAAGAUGCCAUAAUUCGAAGAGCAAUUGUUCUUCAUGCAGCAUUUCAAGUUACACCAAUGCUUGGAGACUUGCGUAAAGGGCUCCAGCUGUAUGGAUUGCUGGACAUAGUUAAGGACCAUCCAAGUCUUUGCAAGAGUCUGUUUGUUCCUGGGGAGGAUUGUACACCAGAUGCAGACUAUAUUCUCAGCAAUGUUGCUCCUGAAAUGAGUGAGAGAGGAACUUCAAGGGCUUCGGUAGAGAGCAAAAUCAUAAACUACUUUCAGGACUUCCUUCAAGAAAUUGAAUGUGGAGUGUGCGCUGAAGAUGCAGCAGAAGUAGAAACUGAGCCAUCAUCCUACCUCACUGUCCCUAGAGUCAUGCAGUGGAUUACAGGCCAGGGACAUAAGCCACUACUGCUUUCGGAACAGAAGGCUUUUCAGAUAGUUUUUAAAUUUGAUCAUGACUGUAAAGUCAGAAUGCCACAGCACACCAUAUGCUACCCAAUAGUGAGCGCUUGCACUAAUACAGUAACUUUUCCAGUAGCACACAUGACAACAUAUGAAGACUUUAAAUGCAUCAUUUUACAAGCCAUAAAAUCAGGGGGAACAUUUAGCAGGGUUUGAAUAUCAUGUAGUGCUGGAUUUGAGUUGAUUUCUUACAGUUUAACAUUUCCUAUCUCAACCCGUUGGAGGUCUGCAGUACUUUUCUAUCUACAUUAAGAUACUUGUUGAAUUUUCUAUAGUGAAAUGUUUUAAAAGUUAGUGCUGUUUCUGUAGUUUAUAUCUGAUUUAAGAUAUGUAACUUGCAUUUGCAGUUCAAAUUGUUCAAAUCAAGCCGCUCUGUUGCAGAGCUUGCCUUAACUGAUUUUAUAUCUGUUUUAAGGUACUGAUGUUGCAUUUCAUUUAUAAGUUACAUGUUUUCCAAGAGAACCUUGAUUUAUAGGUUUGACAAUGUAAAUUACAAUAAUAAAAA